GGGGAAGGAGAUUCAAACUUGAAACAAAAUUUGCUGGAUAGUUGCGAGAUGUGACAGGAUCGGACAAUCAAUCCAACUAUCCUGAAUGAAUUUGGGCGUCAGCCUUAAUGAGAAAUAUCUUGGGCUCAUAUAUGAGUUAGGUUCAUAAAAAUGCAUGGGCCAUAACUCAAACAGGCACAAUAUUGACCUUCAGUAAGGGAGGUGGUGCUGAAAUUGCGGAGGUUUGAUAAUUGAUUUUAGCGGCUUAGAUUUGAAAUUGUAUCCAACACCCGCUUCAUCACUGUGUUGACCCGGUGCGACUCGUAACAAUGUACAAAGAUAUGAAAGGUUCAGGCAUAACAAAGGGAGAAGAUGAGGAGGAAGACGCUGAAUCUUUGCUUGAGAAUGGAAGAAUUCAGAGGAAAGAUAAAGGAGUUGUUGGGGAGGGCACUUUUGGUCGUUCUCCUCGUCCUUUUAAUCUAGCAUUGCAUCAUCAACAAAUCCCAGACAAAAAUGCAGCUGCUGCAAACCAUGGAAGAAUUGCACCUGAUGAUGAGAAAAAGGGGCUGGGUUGGGCUCAGUCGGUGGGUCUGAUUCUGACACUCUCUGGAGCGGUGCUUCUGAUCAUUCUCUCAGCCUCAGUCGAUGGCCAUCUUGGUCCAACAAGGCCCGUCCACAUCUUCAACUUCGGCGACUCCAACUCGGACACGGGUGGACUCGUCGCUGGACUCGGAUACUUCGUCAAUCCCCCCAACGGACGUACCUUCUUCCGUAGAUCAACCGGCCGCCUCUCCGACGGACGCCUCGUCAUCGACCUCCUCUGCCAGAGUCUGAAUGUGAGUCUUUUGAGCCCAUACCUAGACUCUUUGGCAGGGUCCAGGUUCUCAAACGGGGCAAACUUUGCCAUUGUCGGGUCCUCUACCCUCCCGAAGCGUGUCCCUUUUUCUUUGAAUAUUCAAGUCAUGCAGUUCAUCCACUUCAAGGCUACUGCAGGUUCAAAACAUUUGAUAAAUGAUGACGGUUUCCAGAAAGCACUGUACAUGAUCGAUAUCGGACAAAAUGACCUUGCCGAUUCAUUCACUAAAAACCUUUCAUACGCUCAAGUAACAAAGAGAAUUCCUUCAGUUAUUGCAGAAAUCAAGAGUGCGGUUAAGGCUCUAUAUGAUCAAGGUGGAAGGAACUUUUGGAUACACAACACUGGGCCGUUGGGUUGUCUCCCUCAAAAGCUUUCAUUAGUUGAGAAUAAGGAUUUGGAUCCAUAUGGAUGUCUUUCGAGUUACAAUGCAGCUGCGAGAUUGUUCAACGAAGCAUUGCGCCAUUUGUGCAAUGGGAUGAGAUCUGAAUUGAAGGAUGCUGUGAUAGUUUAUGUAGAUAUAUAUGCCAUCAAGUAUGAUCUCAUUGCCAACUCCACCAAAUACGGUUUCUCUAGGCCGCUAAUGGCAUGUUGUGGCAACGGAGGUCCUCCGUACAACUACAAUGUUGGGCUGACCUGUGGUCAUCCUGGCUCCCAGGUUUGCGACGAAGGAUCUCUAUUUGUGAACUGGGAUGGAAUUCAUUACACCGAAGCCGCAAACACCAUCGUGGCCUCAAAGAUACUUUCGAUGAAUUUUUCCACACCACGCAUUCCAUUUGAUUUCUUUUGUUGCAGUUAGUAAGGGUUAGAAAAUCAGUAGCACUGCAUGCUCAAGGCUUGAAAUUGUAGCGGUUUACUUCCACUUCUCCUUGUACUGGAAUGUCCAAAUAGCAAAUUACAGUUUUAGGAAGUGUAUCAUGUUGUUGUAAAACAUUCUCUUAAGCCUCAAUUUUGAAUCCCUUGUUAUUUUGGACUAG